GCACGGGAGGGGGACGGAACAUGUCUCCCGCCGCAGGAAGAUGAGGCAGUGGCGGCGCCCGCGGACGUAGCGGGCUGGGCAGAGCCGACCAGACGCGGCUUCACCGCGUACUCCACGCAGGCCGCCUCCGCCAGUGCCCCGAACACGCUACCACACAGGGCCAUCUCUAGGACUGAAGUAUCCAACUUGGCCCCUGAGCCCACCAUUGCAGCUGGAGAAUGAACCAGCCGCAGAGGAUGGCGCCUGUGGGCACAGACAAGGAGCAGGACCUCCUGGACUUCAGCAUGAUGUUCCCCCUGCCGGUGGCCAAUGGGAAAGGCCGGCCCACUUCUCUGGCUGGCACCCAGUUUGGAGGCUCAGGUCUGGAGGACCGGCCCAGCCCAGGCUCCUGGGCCACUGGUGACCAGAACAGCUCCUUCGACCCCAACCGGACAUACAGCGAAGGCACCCACUUCAGUGAGUCCCAUGGCAGCCUCUCUUCGUCCACAUUCCUGGGACCAGGGCUUGGAGGCAAGGGCGGUGAGCGGAGCACGUAUACUGCCUUUGGGAGAGACGCAGGUGUUGGGGGCUUGACUCAGGCUGGCUUCCUGCCCAGCGAGCUGGCCCUCAGCAGCCCUGGGCCACUGUCCCCCUCAGGCGUCAAGAGCGGAUCUCAGUAUUACUCUUCCUACCCCAGCCAUGCUCGGCGGAGAGCCGCAGACAGCGGCCUGGACACGCAGCCCAAGAAAGUCCGGAAAGUGCCGCCAGGUCUUCCAUCCUCGGUGUACCCACCCAGCUCAGGUGAUGACUACGGCAGGGAUGCCACCCCCUACCCAUCUGCCAAGACCCCCAGCAGCACCUACCCGGCCCCCUUCUACAUGGCAGAUGGCAGCCUGCACCCCUCGGCCGAGCUCUGGAGCCCCCCAGGCCAGGCGGGCUUCGGGCCUAUGCUGGGUGGGGGCUCAUCCCCACUGCCCCUCCCGCCGGGUGGCGGCAGCUCUGUGGGCAGUGGUAGUGGCAGUGGGUUUGGUGGCCUGCACCAGCACGAGCGCAUGGGCUACCAACUGCACAGUGUGGAGGUGAAUGGUGGGCUCCCGGCUGUGUCCACUUUCUCGGCCCCCACCGCUGCCUAUGGCAGUAUUGCCAGCCACACACCCCCCGUCAGUGGGGCCGACAGCCUCAUGGGCUCUCGAGGGACUACAGCUGGCAGUUCUGGGGACGCCCUUGGGAAGGCGCUGGCCUCGAUCUACUCUCCGGAUCACUCAAGCAAUAACUUCUCGUCUAGCCCCUCCACCCCCGUGGGCUCCCCACAGGGUCUGGCAGGGACAUCACAGUGGCCCCGAGCAGGAGCCCCCGGUGCCUUAUCCCCUAGUUACGACGGGGGUCUCCACAGCCUGCAGAACAAGAUGGAAGACCACCUGGAUGAGGCCAUCCAUGUGCUCCGCAGUCACGCCGUGGGUACCUCAGGCGACAUGCAUGGGCUACUGCCUAGCCACGGAACACUGGCUUCGGGCUUUGCCGGCCCUGUCAUGCCGCUGGGCGGGCGGCACACCAGCUUGGUUGGAGGCAGCCACUCGGAGGACAGCCUCCCCGGCAAUGGCAGCCUCAUGCACAACCACGUGGUCCUCCCCAGCCAGCCCAGCACCCUCCCUGACCUCUCUCGGCCUCCCGACUCCUACAGUGGACUUGGUCACAGGGCCGCCACCUCAGGCACCGGCGAGAUCAAGCGGGAGGAGAAAGAGGAUGAGGAGAAUGUGUCGGUGGCCGACAACUCCGAGGAGGAGAAGAAGGAGCUAAAGGCCCCCCGGAUCCGGACCAGCCCGGACGAGGACGAGGACGACCUUCUCCCCCCAGAGCAGAAGGCUGAGCGGGAGAAGGAGCGCCGGGUGGCCAAUAACGCUCGGGAGCGACUGCGGGUCCGAGACAUCAAUGAGGCCUUUAAGGAGCUGGGGCGCAUGUGCCAGCUGCACCUCAACAGUGAGAAGCCCCAGACCAAACUGCUCAUCCUGCACCAGGCCGUGUCGGUCAUCCUGAACCUGGAGCAGCAGGUGCGAGAACGUAACCUGAACCCCAAAGCAGCCUGCUUGAAGCGACGAGAAGAGGAGAAGGUGUCAGGUGUGGUCGGAGACCCCCAGAUGGUGCUUUCGGCCACCCACCCGGGCCUGAGCGAGGCCCACAACCCUGCUGGUCAUAUGUGAGAG